AUGGCCAAGUGCUAUAUCUUAGCGUCUUUAUCGCCAGUCUUACAGAAACAACAUGAGAGCAUGCAGACAGCUGGAGACAUGAUCUUCAGUCUGCAGGAAAUGUUCCAACAAACCACUCGUCCUGCAAGGCAGCAAGCGAUAAAGAAGUUGAUGAACGCCAAGCAGGCCGAGGGUACUCCCGUGAGAGAGCAUAUGCUCAAGGUCAUGGAGUACCUCCAUGAAUCCUUGGAUCUUGGUGCUGAAAUCGAUGGACAAACGCAGGUGGAUAUGGUCUUGGAGACCUUGUCAAGCUCAUUCUCCCAGUUCAAGUUGAACUUCAACAUGAACAAGAUGAAGAUGUCUCUUCCAAUGCUUAUGAAGGAACUUCAAUCCGCUGAGCAGAUAAUGGGAAAGGAAAAGCAAGUCCAUUUUGUUAAAGUUUCUAAUUCUGGGCCCAAAAAGCCUAAGAAUAAGAAGAAGUAUGGAUGCAUUUAUCUAAUGCGUCGCAAGUCUGAGGCUUUUGACAAGUUCAAAGAGUUUAAGUAUCUCACGGAUAAUGGCAUUGUUACUCAGCUUUCUGCACCUAGAACACCUCAACAAAAUGGGGACCAUCUAAGUCAGUAUCAAAGACACCUCAUGAGAUGUGGACUGGACGCAAGGACUCGUGGUGGCUAUUUUUACAAUCCUGAUAGUCAAAAAGUAUUCAUUAGCACGAAUGCUAGAUUCUUAGAAGAGGAUUGUAUCAACAGCAAGCUUCGUCGUAGUGGGAGGGUCUCACGACCUCCUGAAAGGUUCAUGUACUUUGGAGAGUCAGUUUUGGCAGUGUCUGACGAACUUGAACCAGAUCCCACUAGUUAUGAAGAAGCAGUUUCUGAUGCUGAUGCAGAUCAUUGGCUCAAAGCGAUGGAAUCUGAAUUAGAGUCUAUGUAUUCUAAUGAAGUGUGGGAUCUUACGGCUUUCCUCAAUGGCCAUCUAGACGAAAGCAUUUAUAUGAUGCAACCCAUCGGAUUCGUUGCUGAAAGUCAGCAAAAUAUGGUUUGCAAGCUUAAGAAGUCCAUUUAUGGACUUAAAACAUUAGCUCUCUCCCAAGCCACAUACAUAGAGAAGAUUCUAGUCAAGUACACAUUGCAUGACUCCAAGAAAGGUCUUUUACCUUUUAGACAUGGAGUACCUCUUUCGAAGGACAACUUUCCUAAGACGGAAGAAGAGAAGCGUGAAAUGAGUAAGGUGCCAUAUGCUUCCGUAGUUGGCAGUCUCAUGUACGCUAUGCUUUGUACUAGGCCAGACAUCUGCUAUGCAGUGGGAUUGGUUAGUAGUAAUCAAUCUAACCCUGGUUUGCAUCACUGGACGGCGGUCAAACAUAUAUUCAAGUAUCUUCGGAGAACGAAAGAUUAUAUGCUUGUUUGCCGUAGUGAUGAGAUCGUUCCAGUGGGUUAUACUGAUUCGGUUUUCCAAGAAGACAAGGACUCUAGAAGGUCCACGUCCGGUUACGUGGUUACACAUGACACGGUUGUGUCACAAUUGUGCUGUCGAAGAAUUGAGUAA